GCGGGGCGGGGAGGACAGUAAAUAGCGUGGGACCGGGGUGGGACGGGUUCCGCUUCAGCCGCUGGGAGUGAGUUUUGUUGUUGACGGAGGCGCAGGUUCCUGAACAUCGCCGGCGGAGGAGGCGAUUUUUUACAGUUUAGUUAAGGGAAAUAGCAACAAUGGCAACAGCCGAUCUGUUGGUGGAUUUACAAGAUGAUCUUGCAACCGACGAUGCUUCCAAUACACUGGGAAAACUCAAACUUUCACCAUUGGAUGACAAGACCUGGCCAGCAGAAAAUGACAAUGAUGAGGAUUUGAAGUCAGACAAAGAGUGUUCCCCAGAGAUCGUUGAACCUCCCCCGAAUCUGAAGUGGGAUGAUCCAUUCUAUGACAUUGCAAGACGCCAGAUAGUGGAGGUGGCAGGAGAUGAUAACUUUGGGAGGAAGGUGAUUGUGUUCAGUGCUUGUCGGAUGCCUCCCAGUCACCAGUUGGACCACACAAAACUGCUUCAAUACCUGAAGGUCACACUGGAUAAGUAUGUUGAGAGUGACUACUCAGUUGUAUACUUUCAUUAUGGACUCACCGGUCAGAAUAAACCUUCAUUUGGCUGGUUGCUAGACGCCUACAGGGAGUUUGACAGAAAGUACAAGAAGAACAUAAAAGCUCUCUACAUUGUGCACCCCACCAAGUUCAUUAAGGCAAUCCUCGUCCUCUUCAAACCCAUAAUCAGCAUGAAGUUUGGCAGGAAGAUCUUGUACAUGAAUCAUUUGGGCGAACUUGAACAGUUCCUGAAAUGUGAGCGAAUGGUGAUCCCACCAUGUGUAAAGAAAUAUGAUGACACUAUCAGUGCAUCUCAGAAGUGUGUCCCACCAGUACAAAUCAAGCAGCUGCCUCACCAACAGUUCGGUAUUAGUCUUCGAGCGCUCAGAAAAUGCGACCCUGCAAACAAGGCCAUCCCACAAGUAUUAGAGGAGACAGUCGAUUACAUCAAGCAGCACGGUCUAAACAAAGAAGGGAUAUUCCGUAGGUCGGCUAAUGUGUGCUAUGUGAGGGAAGUGCUGGAUAAGUACAAUAAUGGUGUUCCUGUGGAUUAUGCAGCCUAUGGUGAUGUGCACUUGGCAGCAGUUAUGCUGAAGACUUUUCUUCGUGAAUUACCUGAACCUCUGCUGACCUAUGAGCUGUAUGACCAAGUGGUUUCAUUUGGGGGAGUGCCAAAAAAUAAACAAGCAGAAACCUUGGCUCAGAUGAUUCAGACCCUGCCUACAGAAAACUAUACGGUGCUGCAAUACUUGCUGAUCUUCCUGCACAUGGUUGCUGCCAACAGUGAACAGAAUAAAAUGACGCCCAGCAACUUGGCUCUUGUGUUUGGGCCCACACUCAUGUGGGCAAAGGAUGCCGCAAUUUCACUCAGUGCCAUCAACCCCAUUAAUUACUUUGCUCAAUCACUUUUGGUAAAUUAUAAUACGAUUUUCUGCCAAAUGUGACAAUGCUUUAACUGUCUUAAACCACUGGAGUCCAAUCAGGCGUUUCUCGCUCUCUCUCUCUCUCUCUAAAUGUUUAUGACAAUGUACCUGUGUGCAGCACCGCACAGGAGAGAAAUUAAAGGUGCACCCUUUCAGUCAGGGUUGGGGAUUGCAUGUCUUUACACUGCUUUGAGUGUAGUGUGUGUGCAGUAUAAAUCUCCAUGAACCCGGGGCUGGAUUCCCUGGUUCUUGUCAUUCAUUUGUAUACCCAAGAAUCAGGAAUGCAGUUGGAGUGCUUGAAGCGUUUUCUUCCCAUUGUACGCCUGCUUGACUGCUAGUUUUAAAUUUUGUACGUUUCUCUUUCCCAUCCACCUCAGUACUUUCUGAACUUUUAAAAGAAUUUUCAAAAAAUAAUGGAAUAUUUAUAAUUAAUUUCUAUUGUUGGGAUAUUUCUACGCUCAUCACUUUGAAACCAAUCAAACCAACCAAUACACGUUUGUGUAGAAUGUACACUUGCUUUUUUAUAUGCUGGACAAUGUUACUGCCCCACUCUUAAACAUUCUUCAUUCCUUUGUGUGACCAAAAUAUUUUCUGUAACUAUUUUGUGAUGGUGCAGCGUUGAGAGUUUGAUUCUCUUUGAUUCAGGGAGAGGCCAAUCUAUUCCUUAAACUAGAUUUUAAAUAUUAUUUUGUUUUGAAGUGCACGCUGACUUAGUAAAAAUAGAUGAAUAGAAAUAGUUCAAAUGAAAAUGCCAAUGUCAAAAGAGUCUGCUUGAGCAAUGCUGACAAUCUUAAUAUUGUUGUGCAUUUUCAUUGGUUUUAAUUGUUUUUACUUCAGUGUUUUGUUAUAUCUAAAGAGGAAGUGUCCAUCACCUUUCCAUCAUGAUGGGAUCUGGCUUGACCAGAGCAGCAGGUGAGAUGAGCAAAAGGGAAUUCACAUUAUCCAAGUGCUCACAUUCUCAAGGGAUAUUUCAGUGGCAUAUGUUUUUAUCCGUGGUAUUAAACUCUGCAGUUAAGUCUGGAGAUUUGUUUCUAAAAAUGGCAUGAACUGUACCCAAUCUGGCACUCCAGAAUAAGCAAGACAUUUAUAUAACCCCCCCCAUUUGAAAGGUUAGAAUCUUGCUGUGUGCAUUAAUUGUAAGUGACUAUGUGUUAUUGUAUGUAACACUGAUUGCACCCCCUCAAUGAUACUGUAUUACAGAUGUGAAAUUACUGGGAAUACAUGGUUUUGCUAUUCU